AUGGCCGUCGUCCGUCAGACAGACCAUGCCCCUCUGCUGGCGGUUGCGAAACACGGUCAGACAGCGGGCCUCGACGGCGUUCAUGGUCCGGCUGGUGGCCCUGUCCUCGUCAAACGUGGCCUGCAUAAACGCCCUCGCCUCGUCAAAGGCCAUGUCGUGCCCCGUAUCGCGCGCGGCCGGCACCGUCCUGUCGCGGAACUGGUUGCCGAACCACAGUCGCGUAAAGGCCUCGAGGAGGUCAUCGUACCCCUGAUACGCCGUCUCGGCUCGGCGCACGGCCCAGAACGCCUCUCUGAGAUCCGAGAACUCGGCCAGCAGCGUGUUCGACUUGGUGCUGUCGCAGACCACUUUGGCCAGCCGCGCGACUUUCACGCCGCAGGUUCGCAGCGUCUCCCGGCCGACGAGGCUGGCCCGGCACGGCACGAACCCGCCGGCGUUCGGCAGGGCCGUCUUGACGCCCGGACACCGCGCCGUCCAGUUGGGCACCCAGGUGAGCAGGAACUUGCCGUCGUGCAGCGCCUGCGGGUGGUGCAAGCCGGCAUAGGUCAGAAAGUCCAGGCUCUUGCGCCGCUCGAGCCACACGAGGGCGAGGCCGCGGUACAGGUUGCCCAUGGGGAGGGUAUAGUCGGCGACAAUGGGGAAGGUGCGGCGGUCCUCGUCGGACAGCAUGUUGAGCAUGCCGUAGACGCGGUCGCGGGGAUCCGUGCAGUUCGACAGCACGGCGGCGCUCAGCGUGGCAAACAGGCCGCGCGGGACCUCCUCGCCGAGCGCGCGCACGCGGUCCAUGGCGAACAGGGCCGGCGCGUUGCGCUCGAGAUCAGCGACGACGUCCGGGUAGUAGUGGACCUCCUUGGUGCCGAGCCAGAAGGCGACGUCCUUGAGGGCCUUCCACGGCACGACGGCGGCGCCGCACUGGACGACGGCGGCGCCAGGCCGCGGGAGAAAGAUCUCCCUGCCGAAUCCACACGCGUCGGAUCCACGGCCGCAGCACGAGGCGGACGAGCCCCGGCCCGCGGUCGCCCUUGGCGAGGGCGACGUCGCCGGCGGAACCAGCUCGCGUCGAGCGCCAACCGACGCGUCGUCGUCACGGAGGGCGUCGAUCCACAUGGUGCGCGGCGCCGCCGGGCCGCGCAGGUGCAGCAGCGCCUCGUGGAGGUUGCGCGACACAGUGAGCGUCGCGCCGCCGUCGACGGUCACGGGGAACGUCUCGGCGGGCGAACCCCAGACGUACGAGAGGGCUUCAUAGGCCGGGAGCGUGGCGGCGUCGUCGAGCGAGUGCGCGUGCAGGUGGAGACAGAGCGCGUCGGUCGGCGUGCCGGGCGGAGCGUGACGAGCCGGAUCGUCCUGUCAUCGACGGCGGAGUACUGA